AUGGAAGCCUUCCAACUACUCUCGCGGGGACUCAAUUUCGACAAGAAACGCUUUCAGAAGGAUGCACAACUCUUCACAAAAGCACCGACAAAAACCAAGAUUUCUCCAGCUACUCAGGCAGUAGCGACGGGGGCGCUUCCCGCUGAGCUUGAUUACUUCAAAUAUGCACCGGGCAAGAGGAAAUCAGAAACAGAUGGGAAUGCUGUCGUAAAGAAGCGGAAAACGACCCAUGAAUCGGAGUCCGAUGAGGAGAGCCUAGACGAGGAGGCAGAGGGGACAGAAGAAGAAACUGGCGCACCUGCAAGACCCCGACAAAGAAUCGUCGCCAAGGGUUCAAAUGUGCCGGAGCCAGUCGAAACGUUUGCGGCUCUGGCUGAACGGUAUCAAGUGUCUUCAUUGAUAUUGUCCAACUUGAAUACCUACGGGUAUCAUCACCCCACGGGUAUACAGUCUCAUGGAAUACCAAUACUAUUAGAGUCGCGCGAUUUAGCUGCCAUCUCCCCUACCGGCACAGGGAAAACUCUUUCUUACCUACUUCCCAUCAUGGCUUCGUUGGGCGCGCCUGCAUCGAGCUCAAAUACGAACGCAGGAGCAGGUGCCCGUGCUGUUGUCCUCGCGCCGACCAGAGAAUUGGCGCACCAAAUCCACAACGAGUGUCUGAAGCUUGCCCAAGGCCGCAAAUGGCGAAUAAUAUUAUUCAGCAAAGCUACUUCCAAUACGCUUUCAGAUAAGUCCGCGCGGGAUAAAGUUGAUAUUAUCAUCAGCACUCCUCUUCGACUUGUCGCCUCGUUGAAGGCCGGUAAUCUGGACUUAUCCAAUGUCCAACAUUUAAUACUGGACGAAGCCGACCGGAUGCUGGACCCCGAAUUCCUAAACCAGAUUGAGGAAGUUGUUGCUGCUUGCACCCACUCAAAGCUCCAGAAAGCCGUCUUUAGUGCGACGCUUCCAGCAAAUGCAGAGAAAAUUGCCAUGGAAAUGUUAAACGACCCAAUCCGAGUCGUCGUUGGUUUGAAGGAUACCCCGCUUCCGCUGAUUGCCCAGUCACUCACCUACGUCGCCGACGAUCCCUCCAAACUACCCAGUCUUCUCGCCUACCUUGCCCAACCAUACGAUCCACCAGUACUAAUAUUCACCUCUUCCCAACCGCGCGCGACAUCCCUGGCCCAAGAGCUUAUUCUCAACGGCAUACCCAAUGUCGACUGCUUACAUGCAGGAAUGACCAAGAAGGAGCGCGAAGACACGGUUGCGCGGAUGCGAGCAGGCGAGAGCUGGGUUAUGGUUAGCACAGAGGUUAUGGCGCGUGGCAUGGACUUCAAGGGCAAGUCGUCAUCUUAUCCCUCUUUUCUUUUUUUCAUAAAUAUGCAGGCAUUCAGCUAUGUCCACCGUAUCGGACGGACUGGCCGUGCUGGACGUGAAGGCAAAGCGGUCACAUACUUCACAGACCAGGACGCACCGUAUCUCAAAGCGAUCGCGAAUGUCCUGCUGCAAUCAGGGUCGAAAGUGCCUGACUGGAUCAUCAAGCUCCCGAAGCCGUCAAAAAUGAAGCGCAAACAAAUGGGCAAGGUGAAGCGUGAUGAAGGGGUCAAUCCCGCGCGGAAAAUCGGACGAAAAGACGCGUUGAAGAAAAGGGACAUGAUCGCGGGCUCCAAGAGAAGGGUGGCAAAGGCUGAGGGGAAGAGUGGCGACGGACACAGUGACUCUGAGUGA